AGAGCCACCAUUCACUUAUAAAGAACCAACAGAGAAAAGCGUCCCAGGCUCAAGAUCUACAACAGAUUAUAGGGCUGGAGAACGAGAAGGCAGGAGGAUGUUGAAGCCACUGUUCCUUCUGAUCCUUUGGAUUCCACGCCAGAUUCUUUCCUAUCUGAAACAGAUCUGGUCACGCAAACGCUACCCACCGGGGCCUUUUCCACUUCCUGUAAUAGGAAGUAUGUGGCGGCGAUUUGAUACUUCCAUAACGGAGAUGACUUUCAGAAAGAUGGCAAAGGAUUAUGGGAAUAUCUAUUCCUUCUGGGGAGGGGGUUAUCAUUGCAUAGUUCUCUGUGGAUACCGAGCCGUGAAAGAAGUACUGAUAGACCAUUCCGAGGCUUUUGUUGAUCGCCUAGUCACACCUUACAUUUUAACUGCAACUAAAGAAAAGGGUAUUAUAUUUUCAAACGGUCACACCUGGCAGCAGCAAAGAAGGUUUGGGAUUGUUACCAUGAGGAAAUUGGGACUGGGGAAAAAAGGCAUGGAAGCUCAAAUCCAAGAGGAGGCCCAACAGCUUGUGGAAUUCUUUGCAGAGACAAAAGGGCAGCCAUUUGACCCCUCGCUAUCCAUCAUGAAAUCAUUUUCAAAUGUGAUCUGUGCUGCAGUAUUUGGACAUCGGUUUUCCACUGAAGAUAAGAACUUCCUGGAGUUGGUGGAAGCAAUUUUCUUUUUAGCCAUGUUUGGAAGCAGCGUGCCUUACCUUCUCUAUGAAGCUUUUCCAUCUAUCAUGAAGCAUCUGCCUGGCCCUCACCAGACUGCCCUAUCUUUUGUGGAGAUGAUGCUUUCAUUUGCAAAGAAGGAGAUCAAAAAGCAUAAGGAGAAUCACAGCCAGCACGAACCACAGGAUUUCAUCGAUUUCUACCUAUUUCAAAUGGAGAAAAGGAAGGAUGAUCCCAAUUCUACCUACAAUGAAGACAACUUGGCUCAGUGCAUUGUUGACUUCUUUGUGGCAGGAACGGAAACCACCGCAAGCUCUCUGAAAUGGGCAUUGCUCUUCAUGGCAAGUCAUCUGGAUAUCCAAGAUAAAGUAUACGAGGAAAUGGAAAAAGUUUUCAGUCCAUCUCACUCCAUCUGUUAUGAAGAUCGGAAGAAACUGCCAUAUACCAAUGCUGUGAUUCAUGAGCUCAUGCGAACCAAAUAUUCCUUGUUGUUCGGGCUUCCUAGACAAAGUGUGCAGGAUAUCUACUCAAAUGGCUUUCUCUUCCCCAAGGGAGCUAUUAUUAUUGCAGACUUACGUUCUGUUCUUUUUGAUCCUGAACAAUGGGAGACCCCCGAAGAGUUCAACCCCAAUCAUUUUUUGGACAAGGAAGGAAAUUUUGUGAAAAAAGAAGUAUUUCUUCCUUUUGGAGCAGGAGCUCGUGUCUGCUUGGGACAACUCCUUGCAAAUAUUGAGCUAUUCAACACCUUUACCAGACUGCUGAGGGCGUUUAGGUUGGAGCCACCAGAAGGUGUGGAACUCAGUGAAAAAUCCAUAAUAGGGGCAACUGUGCAUCCCGCUCCCUACAAGAUUUGUGCUCUCCCUCGUAUCAGGACACCAUAAUAUGGGCAAACAAUAAGAGGGUCAUGUUUAUUACA